AGUUUCAGUAAAUUAAACUUAUAACAAUAAUAACAACAGCGAAUCAGUUGAAUGUUAACGUAGUCUGCGAUCUGAAGCCCUAUUAAUCGACUGCCAGGGGUUCUAUGCUUGCAGACUACCGGUACUCGAGUCCAGAACAGUUUAAUCAGGGAGUUAACUCUCUGGUCUAAUGAUCUGACGAUGAAGCAAGAGGCUCUAGUUAAUAAUUCAAAAGAACAUACCAUAAGUACUAUCCCAGUACUUCUUUUCUUUUCUUGAGGAACAGUUAUAGUUGACACCUUUUCUUUGCUGAGCUCAAGGCACAAAGUGCACUUCAUCAAGGCUGAAAAGAACAGCACACAUCCUACAGGUAGCUUUAAAAAUAAAGUUAAGCUAUUCCUUUUGUCCGAGCAGAGCAGGACUUAUCACAACCCCCCUUGUUCGUCUUCGGAACAACGGUGUGAGUCACUGAGUCAUUAUAGUUGUCCAUCAUCCCAAACCCCCACCCUCCCAUGUACCUCUCUUUCUCCGCCCAUUCAGGGAUCACAAUUGGGGUAUUAUGAAGGGGUCAAAAUUGCUCCUGACGAGAGGCUAAAUAAAUCUGUGCUGGGUGAAAGGGACUCGCAAUUGGCUGCCCAAAGCUUUGAAUGGUGAAGUGUUUGUUUGGUAGGCGACUGGAGCUGAAACAUUUUCGGUGUUGGACUGGAUUCCUCCAGUGGCAGUUGUUAUUGUGCAUGCAUAUUGGCUGUUUCUUUGCACGGAAGGAGACUGUUAAUCGUUGGAAUAAUCAUAUUGGUAUCGGUAAGAAGGAAUAGAGCCUUCAUGCAGGAACAAACACAUGCCUGAUACUUCUCUGUAUAGAUAGUGAGUGGUUUUGGGGUUUGGAAGUUGGAACAAAGAGGAAACAUUUUUGUCAAGCAAACUUUUGCAUUAAACGUGGCCUCCCAGUCUUACAUCAUUGGAUCAUACAAGGGCAAUGUUGUACAUGCAACCUGGACUACGAAGUCUAGACACCAUUGAUCGAUGGCUGCGGUGAGUGUUGAGUAUGGCAGCGUGUGAGAUGGUCACAACCUCCUCCUCCUCAUCGUACGGUCUCCACCAAGCCUCUCUCAUCCACAUCCCCCCAUCAUCGGCCGACCAAUCACCCACCACCUACCUCAGCUGCAAUGGCACCAUGGGCAGCACCAGCAGUCUUCUGGCAGACAGCGGUUACCGUGGCUACAGCGACACCACCACCAACAGCAACAGUUCCGUCUUCGAGGAGCCCUCUGCCCCCAACGACGACACCGAGUCGAUAGGUCCCCCCAAGCUCACCCCGAUUAGUGGAAAGCUGGAAAAGACAAAAGAAAAGAAGCUGAUCAGACCCAUUGCUGUCAGGUUUGCAUCUCCAAACACGUCUCCCACGGAGACAUACAAGCAGAGCUCCUCCCAGUCUCCUUCUCUAUCGGACACCAUGGCGACAUACUCCCACCCCCCUGAUAUCCUGAUGACCAACAACAAUCAUGGAUUCUCGGCCGGGAAACACUUCGGGAAACCGCCCACCAAGACCAUGUCUCUUCAGGACAUCACGCCGAUGCAGCAGCCGUACCGCAUGAAUGUGCACCACAACAACCAUGGUACCACCAACGGCCACCACCACCACCAGUCGACGCUCCCACACAAGGGGGACGCCGCCCAGCGCUCCGCCCUGCACCAGAAACUCCAGCAGGCACAAUCUCUGAACUUUCUCAACCGCGGUGGCUGGGCGAACAUCCACCACGGCGGGACGGUCGUCCCCGGGAAGAUCGGCAACGCAGGACGCCACCGCAGUCAUAGUCAUUCCAUGUACCCGGGUGAUGGACAGCGCCCUCUACAGGCCACGCAUGGGCAGGAUACCAAGCAGCACAGCCCCCAUCCUCACCUAGCAUCUCCGAGAACCAACGGGGAGGAACAUGUCUACGCUCCAGUCUCGGUUUCGUCUGUACCUGAGGAAUCUGAUCUAGCAGAAGAGAACAGGAUCCUGAGAAAUAAAGUGCAGAGCAAGCAUGAUCAGGACAUGAAGCACCAGCUGGUGACCAUGAGGGACACGAUGGAGGUCAACGAGCAGACCAUCUUCCAGGUCCAGGAUGAGAAACGGCGGGACUACGAGGGCCGCAUCAAUCGGCUCCAGACCCAGCUUCAGCAGGACAAGGAAUCUUCGCUCUCCCAGCAGAGGUCUCAACAACAAGAGAUUUACCGGCUAGAGCAGGACAGGAAACAAGUGAAGCAGCGACUUGAAGGCCUGCAGAAGGAGCUAUCAAGACUCAAAGACAAUGGCAAGAAGGUGGACGAACAACAGUCAGUAUUAGCUGAAAGCCAGCAAGAAAUCACCAACAAACGAUACGAGAUCAAGCGUCUUGAGGAAGGUGUGAAGCGCUCCAAAGAAGAACUCCAAUACGAGAAGGAGAACGUGAAGCGAUUGCAAAUCGAGUUGGAUAAGACAAGGUUGCAAGUGACAAAGAGGACCAAUGGUAGCCAACAGCAGUUGUUGAGUAAGAAGGAAGCAGAGUUGUCACAGGUGAAGGCUGAUGUAAAGAAGACAAUGGACCAAAGAGACAGCUUGAUGCUGAGGGUGAAGAACCAGGGAGAUGAGAUUGAUAGGUUGGGGGCGCUAGUCAAAACCAGAGAGCAGGAACUCGCCCAGGAGAGAUGCGAGGUGGCGUAUUUGAAAGAGGUCAAUGAGAGGUUGACCUCUGCGCUGAAAGAGAAGGAAGAGAAAGUUGAAAAAACUAAAGUAAGCAAGGAGGGGAGCGCUCCCAAUUCAAAAAAAGUGGAUGUGAUUCAGCUAGAGCUUGGUAGGACAGUGGAAAAAUUGCAGCAACUGCAGACCGAGAAAGAUAUGGAGUCUACUCGGCUGCAGAAGAGAAUCUCAGAGAAAGAUGUAGACAUUAAGAGACUUCAGGGGAGGUUACGAGAGCGCGGGAAGGGGAGUGAGCGUAACGGUGUUGAUCAAAAGACUAACCCUGCCCAGAGACGCCUCGAGCAGGAUAGAUUAGAAUUGCAGGCAAAGUUAGCGAAGCGAGAGCAGGAGCUCAAACAAGCGAGGCAACAAGUAUUGAUGCUGCAGACACAGGAGCGUAACACCGGUCCGGCACUCUCGAACUCUAUCCUUCAAAAGAAGGAAGCGGAGCUGAAAGCCUGCCAGGAGAAACUCCACCAACGACAUGCAGAGAUCACCUACAUCAGGGAAAAACUUGGUGAGCGUGAUGCAGAAACGACCGCCUUGAAAGUGAAACUCGACAGGGUGCAUAGACAAAUCCCUGAGAAUGGACGAAGGUCAGGCUCCUUGGACCGGGAACUGUCUGGGACACGAGCAGCCAAACAGCAGCUUGAAUUGCACGUCAAGUCCCUGAAGGAAGAGAACGCCCGUCUCAAGGACAAACUAAGUCGGGUGGCUGUUGGGGUGAGGACACUCUCCGAGAGCCAUCUGAACCUUGCAAAGCUAUCCAUGGUGCCCUCGGUGCCGGACAAACCAAAGUUUGAGCGUACCGACCCCAAGGUCAUAGGUCAACUCCAGAAAGAGGUCACUAACCUCAAGCAGGAGAUAUCGUGUUUGAAUGAAGACAAAGAGAAGCAAACUGCAGAGUUUCGCCAGGAGCAUGGCAUCUGGCAGGAGGAGAAGCACCGGGUCAUCGCCUACCAGAAGCAGCUCCAGCUCAACUAUGUGCAGAUGUGUCAGAAGAAUAAGAAGCUGGAACAAGAGGUCCAGCAACUGACCAAAGAAUUAGACAAUGAAGAAGUCAUACAGUGUUGAUGAUAAACUCUUUCAGUCUUGGCAGGGAUCACUAUGUAGACUGUCAGUGACCUAUACCCAGUACAUGCCUCCAACUAGAUGAUUUGUUGACUGUUCAAAGGUCACAUGUUUAUGAACUUAAUUUUCUCUACAGGGAUCAUUUCAUAGAGAGUCGUCACUCAAUGAGGUUACCAAGACAUGCCUGUAGAAAAAUAUUGAUGCUUGUUGAAAGGUCUAAUGUAUGAUAUCAGAAAAA